UGUCUGACGGAGUGAAUGAUUUAGUUUAGAGAAGAGAGGACACGCUGAUAAAGUCCACGCGUGACACUCACCGUCACUUUAACCGAAUGGUGACCUGACAGAGAUGGCCGCUUCAGGAGUAUGUUGUGCCAGCUUGGAGGAUCCCAAGACCCUGAUGAAGAUGGGUCUGAGCAUGGUCCUCAUUGGUCAUGUUAACUUCCUGUUGGGAGCGCUGGUGCACGGCGUCGUGCUCCGACACAUCAACCUCCACAAGCAGGCCCGGGCCAUGGAGUACGCCAUCUCCAAUGUGUUCGCCUUUACAUCCGGACUCGUAGGUAUUGUUGUCGGCAUCCUGGCUAUUGUUCUGUCUAAAAACAAGAAGAGCAGAGGCCUGACGUGGUCACUUUUCACCGUGGCUCUGGCUGCAGCUCUCAUGGCAGCAGCGUCAGCCAUCGGGCUCUUUGUGUCCAUGGUGAGGGCCAUCAUUCACGGCGGGCGGAGCCUCCUGACUCACUGUCGCUUCCCUGACGCCAUUGGCUACUCCAGCAUCACCAACGAGUGUCCUUUUGACCCCACACGCAUCUACAGUACCACUCUGAUCCUUUGGGUUCCUCUGAUCGUGACUUGUGUCAUCCAGAUGGUGUUUUCAGCCCGCUGCUCUGCUGUCUGCGCUUCAUUCCUGGGUCUACCUUGCUGCCCGACCAGGAAGAGAGCCAGGGACUUUGGCAGAUCGAUCAAUGCGGUGAGGCCGUUGGAGGAAGCUACUACCUCUCGCUACACUGAACCUCCUACACGCUCCACUGAAGUCCCCAGAAGCCAUCGCGAACCUCCAAGACGCGGUACUGAACCUCCAAGACGCACUACUGAACCUCCAAGACGCAAUCCUGAACCUCCAAGACGCAAUCCUGAACUUCCAAGACGCAAUACUGAACCUCCAAGACAGCAGCGCAGACCUCCUCCCCCUCCACAGAGUCGUCCACAUCAGCAACGGAGUCUCUCUCCCUCUGAGAGACGGCCUCUUCGCCAGCCAUACAGAGAAAGGUCAAACAGAGAAAGGCAAGACACAAGUGUUGGCAGCCUGCAAAGGGCACCAGAGGAACACCAACUGCUGGAAAGGGGCACGCUGGAAAGGUCCAGCUUCUGGAUUUAGACAUAAUUGACAUGCCGGAGCUUCUUGACAAGUGCUGUGAGACGUAUACUGUAGUACUGCUCUGCUAGCUACAAUAUAAUACCAACAUUAUUGUUGUCCUGUCAGUCCUUCAAAUCUAUGAACUCAGAGCUGGAGAUGUUUUAUUUAGCUGUCCCACUGUGUGAAUUUCCUGAGACACAGGCUGUUUAUACAGUGUGAAAGAUCCCAGAGAUAUCGUCUUCUUGCCAAGAGUUUGGUGAUAAGAUCUGUCCGGUAAAUAUCAGGCGAAAGCUGGUUAGCUUAGUUUAGCAUAAGGAAAUGGUUUAGCACAUAACCCAACCUCUGCUACCCCCCUAAAAGGGAAGAAUUGUUGUUUUUACACUUUGAUUUUUGUACAGAAUAAACAAACGAGGUAUUCUGCGUUAAUCUGUUAAGUGACUUUAGAUAACUUAAAUUGUGUAGGCUAGCUUUGGAUGGGCACGCCUAUCUGUCCGACGCAAAGAUAUAUAUGGGUCUGAUGGCCCAGUAGUCCGUUAAAAUUCACAUUUUCCAUUGACUGCCAGUGUGCUUCUUAAAAGAUAAUUAUGUUACAACAGUGGGAUAAAGGAAUGGCUAGGUUUAGGAACAAAAAGCAUUUGGUUGGUAACUGUUUUACCCCCCAUUUCCAGCCCUUGUGUGGGAAGCUAAGCUUAAUGGAGCUGUCUGUUGGCUCUAUCUUAACUGUAUUUAGCUGUAGUUAGGACAUUUAGCUUAGCACUAAGACUGGAAGUGAGGGAAAAAGAGCUAACUAGCUCUCUCCAAGUAAAAACAAACACAACAACAUAAAGCUCACUUACCAAUAUACACAACCAAGUUUUUGUACUUUCCCGAGUCGGGAGUUAGCUAAGCCUAGCAUGAAAGUGAAAUCAAGGAGAAACGGCUAGCUCUAUCCAAAGUUUAAACAUCGUCUACCCACACUUUCAAAGCUCUCUAAUUAACAAUAUAUAUAAAAAUAAUUAAUAUGUCCAAUUUGAUUAAUUGAUACACAAGCAGAAAUGUAAAAAAAAGACAAAGAUGAAGAAGUUGAAAUGCUUUGUCAUGGUGUCAGCAAGACUUUUUUUCUUAAAAUGAUUACAGCAUGUAGCUUCCCAAAAAUUUGUCAGUUUAACAUUUCAGUUUUUGUAUGUUUUCUUUACCGGCAGCUUUCAGUCUUUAUGCUAAGCUAAGCUAAAAAUGUCCUGGCUCUAGCUUCACAGUUACUGCACAGACAUGAGAGUGGUAUUUCCCAAAAGCAUGAACUAUUAUUUUAAUGUUUGAGUUCACACAUAAGAUGACCAGCACCUGAAUGAUAGUGUGGGUGGAGCUGAGGCAGGCCGAGUGAAGUUGGUGAACCAGUCCACCUGUGACGACACCCACCUUUCUCUUGAAGUGGUCAUUGCCUUAACUAUGCAGAACUUUAAGCUUUUAUAUUCAUUAUUGCCAUUAAUGGAGAAAUUAGUCAUAUAGACCAAAACUGUGUGUGUACCAGGCUGUUACCAUGUUUAUUUCUGCUGUCAAGUUGUACAUUUUAACAUGGAGUUUGAUGGGGAUUGAUUAGCUUAUGGAGCCAGCUUCAAGUGGCCAUUUGAGGAACUGCAGUUUUUGACACUUGUGCGUUGGCUUCAUUUUUAAGCCCUGGUGGUUGCUGCUUGAGUGGAAUUAGGCAAAAAGUGAAGAAAUGCAGUUUGUGGGUGUGCCUUCAAGCUUUAUCUGAUUUUGUUGCCUGUGUGAGUAAUUUAGAAUCAAGUGUGUGUGUGUUUGUGCAUUUUAUCUGCUGUUAUGUCUCGAGAAAGUUUUUGUAUUUAUUUCGACAAGUUCGGUCGACAAGUAAAUAAAGUUUUUAUUCAAAAUGAUGCAUCUAUCUUGUGUGUUUUGUAGCUGAACUCAGCUGGGCUGAACAUUUGCGUUUCAAAUGAGGUAAUGGCAGCAGCUAGUGACCUGACAGGAAUGACUGGUUACACUCAGACACACAUGUAGACACCCUGACAGGCUGCUGCAAACACAUUCACCCACGUCCUGUCA